AACACCAUCCGAGAAGAGUGGAUCAUAUCGUAGUUCCAUUCAUUCAUUCAUGACCACGUGAAUUUUGUUCAAUAUCAUAUUGUUAAUAUUUAAUUAAUUAUGAUAUAUUGUUGUUUUUAAUAUUCAAUAUUUGGAUCACUUGUAAUUGUAUCUCCAGUUUGUAAAAUUAGUGUUAAUGAAAGUCCUGGUUCGACGAGCACUGAUUUUACAUCAAUAAUAUCUGUGCGUGUCUGAACUAACGGUACGUGCAACCAAGUGUGUUCGUAGAGACUAUUAAAAGAAAAGUGAGGAACUAAAAAUGAGCAACUCGAGAACUUCUGUGCUCUUUGUUGCGGUCCUAAUAUUGGGAUGCCAUACAUUAUGUGCCACUGCUUCCGCGAUACCAAUGUGGGAAUUCCUUUCGCGAGAUGAGAAAAUGAGCCACCUGUUCAGAGUGUUUAGUCAACAGGUAGCCACAUUCUGUGUUGAUUCUUCGAUGCCAGAUUGUAACAAAAAUUUAUUAGUUUCCGGCCUUCGGAAUUUGGCUAAUAUGGACGAUAAUGCCCUCGACAAAUUGGAUCCGUAUCAACGUGACGCGAAAGAAAUUAUUUGGAGUGCAAUGGUAAAGAACGGAUAUUCAUUAAGAGUCGCUCACGAACCUAACGAGUCGUUCUUCACCACCGGUACCGAUGCAGUAGCCACCAGUGGUAGCGAAACAAACGGCUUAGGUGAAGAUACAGUAUCGGCGCACGAUUAUAUUCGGCUUCCACAAGAACACACAGGGCCAUAUUUGAUUGGACCUAUGGUGAUUCGCGUGUAUCCGGAUGGUCGACCGGUUCCAGAAGAUUCUAAGCGUCCUUUACCUCAGGAUGAAGACCUCAAAGAUUUCAGACACUCGCGUAUACCUUCAAUUGAAGAAAUCGAAGCCAAUAAAAGCUCUGUUUAUGAAAAAUCGAAGGGGACCUCGUUUCCCGUGAUCAGAAAUCAUAGGCAAGCGUACGAGGAAUCUCCUUGCCUUCGAAAAGAUCAUUCUUUAUUUAAAAGACGAUUGCUUCAAGAGAUCGUCGCGAAACGUAAAUUACGUUAUUAGUUAAGAGUAAAGUCAUUUUGAAAACUGACUACUUUCAGUCAGGGAGGAAAAGCUGAAAUAGCUUCAUGGCAGAAUUGCCAGGAACGGCGAAGGAUAGAAGCUUUUUUUUUUUUAAGAAAGCCGGAAAAGCUGAAUGGAAGAUACGUGUAUAGUUGAUGAAACAGAUAUAGUGAGGUAUUUGGAUCAUCCAAAUAAAGUUGAAAUGUUAUGGACUUACUAUAUUUGUCUCGUCAAAUAUUCAAAUUAGCACAAGACUGGUCUUCCACGAUGCAGUUGGAAUUAAUUGUUACAAAUGAUAGAUGAGAUAAAAUUAGUUCUUAUGAUAAGUUCAUUAGAUAGCAUUGUUUUUUAUAAGUUGUUACUUUAAAGCAUUUGCUUGUUCUGAGUUAGUUGAGUGACUGGACAACAGAAUGAGUGAAGAGUGAUAUUUUUUGAUCAUCAAUCAUGAAUAGAAUAUUAACGAUAAUCUUAUAUAGUUAGCGGUGGUGAGUUUAAAGACUGUGUUUGCAAACAAUACUCAUUUAUUUCAGAAAUAAUCUUGUUGAUCUUUGAAAAUAUUUAAUAUAGAUAAUAAUACUUAAAAUGUUAGAUGACGAUUGGUCGGCAAUCAAAUGUCUUAUUUUUGCUAUGAUAAUUCUUAGUUAGAGUACGUUAUAAAAUUUAAAAUUAUGCAUAUUAACGAAUAUUUCAUACUCGAUUGUAUAUAUCCUAUUUAUCCACAUUUUUAUACGUUUAUAUUCACUAAUAAUCGCCGGCCAUGAAUGGUUAUAAUCAUAUUUUUUCCAUUCAUUUGUUAUUUAUUUCAUUAUCCGUAAAUUUAUCAUUUUUCAAUAGUCUACAUAUAAUUUCUGUUUUAUUUUUUGCAAUUAUAAUAUAGUUACACGUAUGAAGCGUUUCAGGGUCAAUUACAUCAUAUAUUUUCAAACUUCUUUUUUAAGAUAUAUCCUCAUGCUUCGAAGGAACUUACCUCGCUAAAAUUUGUUAAUUCUUAUGUUGACUAUUGAAUGUACGUACAAAAUUCAUGUAUGAUUAACGGAAGACAUUUUCAUGUAUUCGAUAAUCUUCGUGUUUGAAUUUUGGUCAUGUUAUUUGUUCACUUACUGCAUUUACUGCAAUUAUGUUAUUGAAUUUAAGUGAUAGAACAUCUCUUUUUAUGUAUAAGGUUUGCAUUGUAGCAAUUAAUAUAUUGUAAAAGUCAUGUAACGUCAGUAACGCCGUAGGUGCCAGGCAAACAUAACGAUAUCUCGUGGCGAUAUAACGAGAGUUUUUCAUAAUAUCAAUGUUUACUCUAGGCAUCACAAAUUUUAACUACGGUUCUGGAUGUUGCACAUGUUCAAUAAUGUUUCUAAAUUGUAUACAUGAUUCAAAAUAAAAUGUGAUAUUUGACAUUUCA